UCCUCCUCCUCCUCCUCCACCACCACCUCCUCCUCCAGCCAACAGCCUCCACCACCAGCACCACUUUGCAUCUGGCAGCAGGAGGAAAGCCCCACAUCUGGCUGUCACUGUAGCGCUCGUGCACCGCGGCAUGUCCCUACUCACCACACUGGACACAGGAAUAGGGUAUUUUUUUGUUUCAAGACAAGGCUACACGAACAAUGUCCGAGGUACGGAAAUUCACCAAGCGGCUCAGCAAGCCGGGCACGGCGGCGGAGGUCCGGCAGAGUGUGUCAGAGGCGGUUAGGACGUCCGUGAUAGUGGAGAAGCCAAAGAUCAUCGAGCCCCUGGACUACGAGGCGGUGGUCUUCCAGAGGAAGGCCCAGAUCCACAGCGACCCCCACAGAGACCUGCUGCUUUGCCCUGUCGACGAUGUCUCGGAGUCCCAGGUGUCUCGCCAGAGGAGGACGGUGGUUCCCACGGUACCCCAGAAUGCAGAGCGGGAGGCCAGGAGCCUGUUCGCCAAAGAGUGCAUCAAGAUGUACAACACCGACUGGCACGUCAUCAACUACAAAUAUGAGGCCUACUCCGGAGAUUUCCGUAUGCUGCCAAGCAAAGGCCUGAAGUCUGACAAGCUGCCCUCCCACGUGUUUGAGAUCGAUGAAGACGCCAAAGACGAGGACUCUGCGUCUCUGUGCUCCCAGCGGGGGGGCAUCAUGAAGCAGGGCUGGCUGCAGAAGGCCAACAUCAACUCCAGCCUCUCCGUCUCCAUGCGGGUGUUCAAGAGGCGGUACUUCUACCUGUCCCAGCUGCCCGACGGCUCCUACAUCCUCAACUCCUACAAGGACGAGAAGAACUGCAAGGACACCAAGGGCUCCAUCUACCUGGACUCCUGCAUCGACGUGGUCCAGAGCCCCAAGAUGCGCCGCAACGGCUUUGAGCUGAAGAUGCAGGAGCGCUACAGCCACUUCCUGGCGGCGGACAGCGAGGCGGAGAUGGAGGAGUGGGUCGCCACGCUGAAGCAGGCCCUGCAGAGCAGCAGCGAGCCCAGCCAGGACCGCAGGAACGGCGGCGGAGAGCUGCUGGACUGCGCCCUGGAUGAGGAGACCAGUAGCCAGGGGAAGGGAGACAACCUGGGCCGGAGCCUUCAGCCAGAAAUCAUGAAGUACGCCAGGGAGACAGACCAACUCAAUAAGAUGAACAGGAACGAAGUGAGGCAGAGACUGUUUUCUCUGGACCCAGAGACACAGCGGCUGGACUUCUCGGGCAUCGAGCCGGACGUGAAGCCCUUUGAGGAGCGCUUCGGCCGCCGCAUCGUGGUCAGCUGCCACGACCUCGCCUUCAGCCUCCAGGGCUGCGUCAGCGAGAAGGGCGACGGCGUCCUCACCAACGUGGAGCCCUUCUUCGUGAGCCUGGCGCUCUUCGACGUCUCCAAGAGUUGCAAGAUCUCGUCCGACUUCCACGUGGACCUGAACCCCCCCUGCGUCCGGGACCUGCUCCUCCCGGGGGACGCCCCGCCCCCCUCCCCCACCCCCUCCGAGUCCUCAGACGGGACGGGCGGGGGAGGGGGAGGUGGAGGAGGGGGGAGCCCAGCCUUGGUGAACGGGGAAGGGGGGCGGGCCGGCGGUCUGCCCGCCCUGCAGAGGGUCUCUGAGGCCCUGCUGAGGUUCCCCACGCAGGGCAUCUUCUCGGUGACCAACCCCCACGCAGACAUCUUCCUGGUGGCGCGCGUGGAGAAGGUCCUUCAGAACGGCAUCACGCACUGCGCCGAGCCGUACCUCAAGACCUCCGACGCCGCCAAGACGGCCCAGAAGGUCUUGAAGGCAGCUAAGCUGACGUGCCAGCGGCUGGGCCAAUACCGCAUGCCCUUUGCCUGGGCAGCCAAACAGGUGUUUAAAGACGCCCAGGGUGGUCUGGACAUGGAUGGAAAGUUCUCUCCGCUCUAUCGUCAGGACAGCAGCAAGGUGUCAACAGAUGACAUCAUCAAGCUGCUGGCUGACAUCAGGAAGCCGGAGAAGAGUAAGCUGCAGGUCAUCCCUGGACAGCUCAACGUCACCAUCGAGUGCGUCCCCCCAGACCUCUCAAACACGGUGACCUCCUCCUACAUCCCGGUGAAGCCCUAUGAAGAGGGCUGUGAGCGGGUGUCCCUGGAGAUGGACGAGUUCCUCCCGGAGGAGGCCCGCUACAACUACCCCUUCUCCACCUACAAGAACCACCUGUACGUCUACCCCCUGCAGCUCAAGUACGACAACCAGAAGACCUUCGCCAAGGCCAGGAACCUGGCUGUCUGCGUCCAGUUCCGGGACUCUGAUGAGGAGGGGGCCUCUCCUCUGAAGUGCAUCUACGGCAAGCCAGGGGAGACGCUCUUCACGGGCAGUGCCUGCGCAGCCGUCCUGCACCACAACCAGAGCCCUGAGUUCUACGAUGAGAUCAAGAUCGAGCUCCCGGUGCACGUGCACGAAAAGCACCACCUCCUGUUCACCUUCUACCACGUCAGCUGUGAGUUCAGCAGCAAGACGGCCACCAAGCGGCGGGAGGGGGUGGAGACCCUGGUGGGCUACUCCUGGAGCCCCCUGCUGAAGGACGGGAGGAUGCAGUCAGUGGAGAUCCAGCUGCCCGCCUCCGCCACCCUGCAGCCCGGGUACUUGGGGGCGGACCGGGCCCAGGACGCCAAGAAGUCCCAACCGGACAUCAAGUGGGUGGAGAAUGCAAAGCCGCUGUUCAAAGUGAGAACGAGAUUGGCCUCCACGAUAUACACCCAGGACCUGCAUCUCCACAAGUUCUUCCAGCACUGCCAGCUGAUGAGGAGCAGCCCUGAAGGGAACCCAGCCGAGCUCAUCAAGUACCUAAAGUGCCUACAUGCGGUGGAGACCCAGGUCAUGGUCAACUUCCUGCCCAUCAUACUGAUGCAGCUGUUCGAGGUGCUCACCACGGCAACCAAAGAAGCCCACGACGUGGCGGUCAACUCCCUCCGGGUUAUCAUACACAUAGUAUCCAGGUGUCAGGAGGAAGGGCUGGAACACUACCUGCGCUCCUUUCUCAAGUAUGUGUUUGUGACAAAUUGCUCCACAACCGUGAGCUCCCCCACCACGCAUGAGGUGCUGGCAACUGCCGUCACCGCCAUUCUCAGGCAGACAGCCGACGUCAACACCAGCAACAAGCUGCUCAAGUACUCCUGGUUCUUCUUUGAGACCAUGGCCAAAUCCAUGGCCCAGUUCCUGCAUCAGGGAAGCCGCAUUAAGAUGCCGCGCAGCCAGCGGUUUCCAGACAGCUUCAACCAGGCGCUGCAGUCCCUGCUGCUGUCCAUCAUGCCCCACAUCACCAUCCGCCACGUGGAGGUCCAAGAGGAGGCCCGCUGCAUCAACCUAAGCCUGGCCGUCUUCAUCAAGAGGUGCCUCUCCUUCAUGAACAGAGGUUUUGCCUUCAGCCUGAUCAACGACUACAUGUGUGGCUUCACCCUGCAUGAUCCCAGGGUGCUGACGGAGAUGAAGUUUGACUUCCUGAUGACGGUUGGAAACCACGAGCACUUCAUACCACUUAACCUGCCCAUGGCCUUCGGACGCACCAAGCUGCAGAGGGUGCAAGAUUUAAUUUCGUACGCCUCGGAGAUGUUUGGCACAGUAGACCAGAACCUGGAGUGCAGCCUGACCGAGGACUACUGCCGGAACCACUUCCUGGUGGGCCUGCUGCUGCGCGAGGUGGCGAGCGCCCUGCAGCAGCAGCACAGCGCCGAGGUGCGGCAGGUCGCCGUGGCAACCCUCAAGAACCUGCUGGUCAAGCACGCGGCCGACGACCGCUACACCAUCUACAAGAACCAGCAGGCCCGUAUCUGCCUGCUGUAUCUUCCCCUCGUGGAGCUGCUGUACCAGAACCUCAAACAGCUGUCGGCACCAACCUUCACCGCAAGCCCUGGGACGGGACUCAACGGCUCCAGGGAUGACCUCAUAUCCUCCUCCGGGUCGGUGGACAGCAGGAGAAUCAGCACGGCCAUCGACCGAGACCACGGUUUACUAGCUCAGAACGGCCUACUGGUUAGGAGGGAGGACUCUCGCGGCUCUCUGUUCAUGGACCCCGGGACCCCUGACAGCACAGAGCUCCAGAGGAGGGGCUCCGCCAUUACCGGUCGGCUUGGUCAGUACGAGGUCAAGGGCCUCCUGCUCUGCUUCCUCCACAUCCUCAGGACACUCUCAGAGGACACACUGCUGGCUUACUGGAACAAGGUGAACCCCCAGGAUGUGAUGAACUUCCUCAGUCUACUGGAGACAUGCCUUGCCCAGUUCCGCUACAUCGGGAAGAGAUCCAUCGGCAGGGUCCAGGAUGCGUGGGCCUCCAGGCUGUUCUCCACCGACAGGAAGUCCCAGACCAUGCCUGCCAUGCGUUUUAACCGGGCCAGCCUGGUGCACACCAAGAUCCAGCAGUUUGGCACCAUGGACACCUCCCUCACACUCAACAUAGGCAAUGGUCUGUCUGAGGCAGAGGUCCACCACCAGGCUGUGCUGGAGGGGAACAUUUCUACUGAGGUGUGUCUCACCGUCCUGGAUGUUCUCUCGCUCUUCACACAGUGCUUUAAGAACAAGUUGCUGGACAACGACGGCCACAACGUGCUGAUGAAGAAGGUGUUUGACGUCUACCUGACCUUCCUGAAGGUUGGCCAAUCAGAAGCAGCCCUCAGACACGUCUUUGCGGCGCUGCGGGCCUUCAUCAACAAGUUCCCGGUGGUGCUGUUCAAGGGCCGGGUGACCCUGUGUGCGGCCCUGUGCUGCGAGGCGCUGACCUGCUGCGUGUCGCGGCUGGCCUCGCUGCGGGCCGAGGCCGCCGGCCUGCUCUACCUGCUCAUGAGGAACAACUACGAGUUCACCAAGCGCAAGACCUUCCUGCGCACGCACCUGCAGAUCAUCAUAGCAGUGAGCCAGCUCAUCUCUGACGUAGCGCUCACCGGUAGCUCCCGCUUCCAGGAGUCCCUGUCCAUCAUCAACAACUUUGCCAACAGCGACAAGGUCAUGAAGGCGACGGCGUUCCCGGCGGAGGUGAAGAGCCUGACCAAGCGCAUCCGCACGGUGCUGAUGGCCACGGCCCAGAUGCGGGAGCACGAGCGCGACCCCGAGAUGCUGCUGGACCUGCAGUACAGCCUGGCCCGCUCCUACGCCAGCACGCCCGAGCUGCGCCGCACCUGGCUGGACAGCAUGGCCCGCGCACACCUCAAGAACGGGGACCUGUCCGAGGCGGCCAUGUGUCACGUCCACGUGGCAGCACUGGUGGCAGAGUACCUCCACAGGAAGAAGCUGUUUCCGAGCGGGCUGGCGCCGUUCAAGAAGGUGACGUUCAACAUCGACGAGGAGGCCGCGAUGAAGGAGGACUCGGGCAUGCAGGACGUGUACUACACCGAGGAGGUGCUGGUGGAGCAUCUGGAAGCCUGCGUGGAGGCCCUCUGGAAGGCGGAGCGCUACGAGCUCAUCACCCACGUAGCCAAGCUCAUCAUCCCCGUCUACGAGAGGCGCCACGAGCUCAUGAAACUCAGUCGCCUGUACGAGACGCUCACCAGGGCCUACAACAAGAUCAUGGAGGUGAUGCAGUCUGGCCGCAGGCUGUUGGGCACCUACUUCAGGGUGGCCUUCUACGGACAGGGUUUCUUUGAGGAGGAGGACGGUAAGGAGUACAUCUACAAGGAGCCCAAGCUCACGGGCCUGUCGGAGAUCUCCCAGCGCCUCCUCUCCCUCUACGGAGACAAGUUUGGUGCCGAGAACGUCCAGAUCAUCCAGGACUCCAACAAGGUUAACCCCAAGGAGCUGGACCCCAAGUUGGCGUACGUCCAGGUGACCUUCGUCAAGGCCUACUUCGAGGAGAAGGAGGCGCCGGAGAAGAAGACGGCGUUCGAGAAGUGCCACAACAUCAACCGCUUCGUGUUCGAGACGCCCUACACGCUGACGGGGAAGAAGCACGGCGGCGUGGAGGAGCAGUGCAAGAGGCGCACCGUCCUCACCACCUCCAACACCUUCCCCUACGUGAAGAAGCGGGUGGAGGUGGUGUCCGAGCGGCAGGUGGAGCUGAAGCCGGUGGACGUGGCCAUCGACGAGAUGCGAGCGCGCACGGCCGAGCUCACCAAGCUGUGCUCCAGCCCCGAGGUGGACAUGAUCAAGCUGCAGCUCAUCCUGCAGGGCUGCGUCUCUGUGCAGGUGAACGCCGGCCCCAUGGCCUAUGCCAGGGCCUUCCUGGACGACAGCAGAACCAACCAGUCUGCCAGCAAGAAGGCCAAGGAGCUGAAGGACAUAUUCAGGCGUUUCGUGGAGGCGUGCAGCAUAGCGCUGGACAUGAACGAGCGCCUGAUCAAGGAGGACCAGUUUGAGUACCAGGAGGGCCUGAAGUCCAACUUCAAGGACAUGGUGAAAGAGCUGUCUGACAUCAUCCACGAAGAGAUCUACCCAGAGGACAUGCGCUCGCUGCUGCAGGACUCCCUCCACGUGUUCAGUGCCAUCAGUGGGACCACCAGCGCGGAGCUGGGCUAGGCGCCACCACACCCAGACACACCUCCCACCCCCUCUCCUCCGCCCACCCCCAUUCCUCUCAACUCCCCCUCUGUGUUUCGUCCUGGCUCACACACUCUGCCCUCUUCCGCUGCGACUCAAGACUCCGCCCCCUGACAGGCUCCGCCCCCUGGCAGACCCCGCCCCCUGGCAAACCCCUGGCAGACACGUGUCCGCAGUGGGGGUCAUCCGCCUAAGGCUGGCGCGCUUCGCUUGGGCCAUGCGGCCAAAGCGACGGCAGUUUCGACGAAGGGACCACAACGGGACACAUGCUGGUGUUAUGGCGCUCAGCGCAGUAUUGAGCAUAUGGAUGUUCCUGAGAGCUGACGCCCCCAGGACUCAGUGACAGGGUGGUAUGAGGGACCGAUUUCGCAAUCAGGUUUAGCCGUCGGAGGGAGUAGCCAUGUUAAAAAAAUGAUUGAUUUGAACACAUUUUAGAUUUGAAAGAAAGAGACAUAUUUCAUAUGAGUCAGUUUGAACAUUUUUCAGUGGGCUUCGGUGCAAACUAUAAAGAAAAACAAACACAGCAUGUGAGUGCAACAAAGUCAGUAGUAUAGAGAACGUAGGCUGGGUUUCAGGCAGCUCAACUGUUCUUAUGGUGUAGCUCAGUAGCUGGUGCAUACUCGCAUCCCAAACCAAGGUGUAAACGUACAGAUAGUUUGCUUACAAUUCUGUGCCUUUCCGCUGCCUUCUGAACGGGCAGGUCUAAUUAUAGAAAUCGAUUCUCACUCAGUUCUCACUCAGUAUUUCACAAGUGCUACACUGAAACAAUGCCAAUCAAUGGAUAGUAAUCAAUUGUACAUAAUGUAUUGCCAUCAUGUAAAUUAAAUUCUGUGAAUGAGGUAUCUAUGUAUUUAUAUUUUUAACAUCCACCUGACCAUGGAUGCACUUGUCAAUUUUGCAUUCGGAUGCAUUGUAUGCCUAGUGCAGAUGCUCGUCAAAUAGACAUAUUGUAAAGACAUUAACUAAACAAUGUUUUGAAAUUAUUGGAAAAUAA